CUCUCUCUCUCUCUCAAACUCAGUAUCUACGUAAAAGCUCGUUUACAUAACCAAACCAAAAGAGAGAAAAGAUAAUUAAAAAAAAAAAAAGCUCAAAUUUAUCAAAAUCUCGUCUCUUCUCUUCUACGAAACCCGCAGAUGCAUCAUCAAACAGCUUCCACAUUUCUCACUCUCUGAACUCUCAACUCUCAACAAGGUCUGCCCCUCUCUCUCUCUAGAUUUUUUGUAUGCAUUGGUGGUGAAGAUCGUAAAUUCCUCGAAAUCCGAGGUCCAAUCUGUUAGGCUCUCCAAAAAAAUUUCCAAUAACCAAAAAUAAACUCACUCAGUCACUCUCUCUCUCUCUCCCAUUUUUUUCGUUCUCAUUUUUUGAUUCUUCAUUGACUCAAAAAUCACUAAAAGUCUUCACUCUUCGAUUCUCUUCACCACACUCGAUCUACACUGAUUGGAUCUAUAUUCUACUCAGCACAAUUCAGCUUCACCACCCAAUUUUACAGUGUUUUUCACAUUUUGGAAGCUGAUUUUUUGAUGCAUUGACUGGGUCUUCAUAGAUCUGGAGGGUUCUGAGUUUUGAUUUGAUUUGCUUUUCCUUUGGAUUGAACCGUAGAAGAAGAAGCUGGCGACGACACUGGCUUGGAGGUACGCUGCCAGCAAUGGCAGCGGCCUCGCUGCUAAUGACAUGGAAAGAAAUGGGGAUGCAAAAGUUCAAGAUUCAGAGCCUCCAACCCCACAUUCUGUUGUAAAAAUCGGUUUGAGAGACCGUAGUAGUAGCAUGGAGGAUCCAGAUGGGACGUUAGCAAGUGUUGCCCAAUGCAUUGAGCAGCUGCGUCAAAGUUCCUCAUCUAUACAGGAGAAAGAGUAUUCCUUGAGACAGUUGCUGGAACUUAUCGAUACACGUGAAAAUGCUUUCAGUGCCGUUGGAUCUCACUCUCAGGCUGUUCCAGUACUUGUUUCUCUUCUCCGAUCAGGUUCACUCGGAGUGAAGAUACAGGCUGCAACUGUUUUAGGCUCUCUAUGUAAGGAGAAUGAGCUACGGGUAAAAGUCUUGCUUGGAGGAUGCAUUCCGCCAUUGCUUGGCCUACUCAAGUCCAGCUCAGCAGAGGGUCAAGUUGCAUCUGCAAAGACUAUUUAUGCUGUUUCUCAAGGUGGUGCUAGGGAUCAUGUUGGAUCGAAAAUUUUUUCAACAGAAGGAGUUGUUCCAGUGCUCUGGGAGCAGCUAUCAAAUGGGCUCAAGACUGGAAAUGUAGUUGAUAGCUUAUUGACUGGAGCAUUAAAGAACCUUUCUAGCAGCACUGAAGGAUUCUGGACUGCAACAGUUCAAGCUGGAGGAGUGGAUAUACUUGUGAAGUUGCUGACAACAGGAAAGUCAAGCACCCAAGCAAAUGUGUGCUUUCUUCUUGCAUGUAUGAUGAUGGAGGAUGCAUCUGUUUGUACUAAAGUGUUGGCCGCAGAGGCUACAAAACAUCUCCUCAAGCUAUUAGGACCUGGUAAUGAAGCUCCUGUUAGAGCAGAAGCUGCAGGUGCUAUUAAAGCUCUUUCAGCCCAAUGCAAAGAAGCAAGGCGGGAGGUAGCUAAUUCCAAUGGUAUUCCUGCUCUUAUAAAUGCUACCAUUGCUCCUUCCAAAGAAUUCAUGCAGGGGGAGUAUGCCCAAGCGUUGCAGGAGCAUGCUAUGUGUGCUUUAGCAAACAUCUCUGGUGGUUUGUCAUAUGUCAUCUCAAGCCUUGGUCAAAGCCUUGAAUCAUGCACUUCACCUGCCCAAACUGCGGACACAUUAGGGGCUUUAGCUUCGGCUCUGAUGAUAUAUGAUAGUAAAGCAGAAUCUACGAGAGCAUCAGAUCCUCUGGUUAUUGAACAGACUCUGCUUAAGCAGUUCAAACCCAACUUACCUUUUCUUGUGCAGGAGCGUACGAUAGAAGCCCUAGCCAGUUUGUAUGGGAAUGCCAUACUCUCAAUUAAACUAGCAAAUUCUGAUGCAAAACGGUUGCUUGUUGGUUUGAUCACAAUGGCAACCAAUGAAGUGCAGGAUGAGCUUAUGAAAGCCCUUCUCACACUUUGCAACAAUGAAGGCAGUCUGUGGCGUGCACUUAAAGGCCGUGAGGGAGUCCAGCUGUUGAUAUCUCUUCUUGGGCUAUCAUCAGAACAACAGCAAGAAUGUGCAGUUGCAUUACUUUGCCUUCUAUCUAACGAAAAUGAUGAAAGUAAAUGGGCUAUCACUGCUGCUGGUGGCAUACCUCCACUUGUCCAAAUUCUAGAGACUGGGUCAGCAAAAGCCAAGGAAGAUUCAGCAGCAAUCCUUAGAAACCUAUGCAAUCAUAGUGAAGAUAUACGUGCUUGUGUUGAAAGUGCUGAUGCUGUUCCGGCAUUGUUAUGGCUACUGAAGAAUGGAAGCCCCAAUGGGAAGGAAAUUGCUGCAAAGACUUUGAAUCAUUUAAUCCACAAAUCUGAUACUGCAACUAUCAGCCAGCUCACUGCAUUAUUAACUAGUGAUCUACCUGAAUCUAAAUUUUAUGUUUUGGAUGCCUUAAGAAGCAUGCUUUCUGUGGUCCCCCUCAAUGAUAUAUUGCGCGAAGGUAGUGCUGCUAAUGAUGCAAUUGAGACAAUGAUAAAAAUCUUGGGCUCAACUAAGGAAGAGACUCAGGCUAAGUCUGCAUCGGCUCUAGCUGGAAUUUUUGAAACUAGGAAAGACCUGCGUGAAAGUAGCAUAGCUGUUAAAACUCUUUGGUCGGCCAUGAAACUGCUUAAUGUUGAAUCUGAAAACAUCCUGGUAGAGUCCUCACAUUGUCUUGCUGCAAUAUUUCUUUCAAUCAAAGAGAACCGGGAUGUUGCAGCUGUUGCUAGAGAUGCACUGUCUCCCUUAGUUGUGCUUGCUAACUCUACAGUUUUGGAAGUUGCUGAGCAAGCAACAUGUGCUCUGGCAAAUCUAAUUUUGGAUAUUGAGAUAUCAGAGAAUGCUGUUCCUGAAGAAAUUAUUUUGCCUGCUACUAGGGUUUUGCAUGAAGGAACAGUUUCUGGAAAGGCACAUGCAGCUGCAGCAAUUGCUCGUCUGCUCCAUUCUCGCCGAAUUGAUCAUGCCUUAACUGACUGUGUGAAUCGUGCUGGAACGGUUCUUGCAAUAGUUUCCUUUCUGGAAUCUGCUAUAGGAGAAUCAGUUGUCACAUCAGAGGCACUAGAUGCACUUGCUAUACUGUCCAGGUCAGAGGGAGCUAGCGGGCAUAUAAAACCUGCAUGGGCAGUUUUAGCUGAAUUCCCAAAAAGCAUUACCCCAAUAGUUUUAUCUAUUGCUGAUGCAACACCAUUGUUGCAGGAUAAAGCUAUUGAAAUAUUGUCGCGGCUUUGCCGAGAUCAGUCCAUUGUUUUAGGAGAAGCAGUUGCCUGUGCCUCUCGAUGUAUAUCAUCAACUGCUAGAAGGGUGAUCAGUUCUACAAACCCAAAGGUCCAAAUUGGAGGAGCUGCACUUCUUAUCUGUGCUGCAACAGUUAAUCACCAAAGAGUGGUGGAGGAUCUUAAUGAAUCACACCUCUGUUCCCAUCUUAUUCAGUCUCUUGUUGCAAUGCUUCGUUCUGGAGAGACUUCUUUGGGAAAUCAGGGUGACGAUGACAAGGAAUCCAUUAGCAUUUAUAGGUGUACUAAAGAAGAAGGCAGGAAUGGUGAAUCCGGUACAGGAACAGCAAUCAUAUCUGGUGAGAACUUAGCUAUAUGGCUACUUUCUGUUCUUGCCUGCCAUGAUGGAAAGAGUAAAAGUGUGAUUAUGGAGGCUGGAGCAAUUGAUGUCAUCACUGAUAGAAUCUCAGAUUGUUUCUUUCAGUAUACUCAGAAUGAUUUUAAGGAAGAUAGCAGCAUCUGGGUUUGUGCUCUACUUCUAGCAAUUUUAUUUCUAGAUCGAGAUAUCAUACGAGCACAUGCAACCAUGAAAUGUAUACCAGUACUUGCAAAUUUGUUGAAGUCAGAAGAGUCGGCAAACAGAUAUUUUGCUGCUCAAGCAAUGGCCAGUUUAGUGUGUAAUGGUAGCAGAGGGACUCUCCUGUCUGUUGCAAAUUCUGGGGCAGCAGGUGGGCUUAUUUCCUUACUUGGCUGUGCAGAUGCUGACAUAUCUGAUCUUCUGGAAAUGUCAGAGGAGUUUGAUUUGGUGCGAUAUCCGGAACAAGUUGCUCUUGAGAGAUUGUUCAGAGUUGAUGACAUAAGAGUUGGUGCUACUUCCCGGAAAGCAAUACCUGCCCUUGUUGAUUUGCUUAAACCAAUUCCAGAUCGUCCUGGAGCACCAUUUCUAGCACUUGGGAUCCUGACUCAGCUGGCAAAAGACUGUGCCCCAAAUAAGAUUGUCAUGGUAGAAUCAGGAGCUUUGGAAGCUCUGACCAAGUAUCUUUCGCUUGGGCCACAAGAUGCAACUGAGGAGGCUGCUACUGAUCUGUUAGGGAUCCUAUUCAGCAGUGCUGAAAUACGGAGACAUGAAGCUGCAUUUGGUGCUGUUAGUCAACUUGUAGCGGUUUUACGUUUAGGUGGAAGAGGUGCAAGGUACAGUGCUGCGAAAGCUUUGGAGAGCCUAUUUUCUGCUGACCAUAUUAGGAAUGCAGAAACUGCCCGACAAGCUGUUCAACCCUUGGUGGAGAUUCUCAAUACUGGUUUCGAGAGGGAGCAGCAUGCUGCUAUUGCCGCAUUGGUUAGAUUAUUGAGUGAAAACCCAUCAAGAGCCCUUGCUGUUGCAGAUGUUGAAAUGAAUGCAGUGGAUGUCCUUUGCAGGAUCCUUUCGUCCAAUUGCUCAAUGGAACUAAAAGGGGAUGCUGCUGAAUUGUGUGGUGUUCUUUUUGGAAAUACAAGAAUCAGGUCUACCAUGGCUGCAGCACGCUGUGUUGAGCCUCUGGUUUCUCUCCUUGUAACUGAGUUCAGUCCUGCUCAGAAUUCAGUUGUCCGUGCAUUGGAUAAACUUGUUGAUGAUGAGCAACUGGCAGAACUAGUUGCUGCACAUGGUGCAGUUAUUCCUCUUGUUGGCCUUCUCUUUGGUAAGAAUUACAUGCUUCAUGAGGCUAUUUCUAGAGCUCUUGUGAAGUUAGGGAAAGACAGGCCUGCUUGUAAGAUGGAAAUGGUAAAAGCUGGAGUAAUUGAGAGCAUACUUGAUAUCCUUCAUGAAGCACCAGAUUUUCUGUCUGCUGCCUUUGCUGAGCUGCUCCGAAUAUUGACUAAUAAUGCUAGCAUUGCAAAAGGACCAUCUGCUGCAAAAGUGGUUGAGCCCCUUUUCCUGUUGCUGACAAGGCCAGAAUUUGGGCCUGAUGGGCAGCACAGUGCACUACAGGUUCUUGUCAAUAUUUUAGAGCAUCCACAAUGUCGUGCUGACUAUAGGCUGACCUCUCACCGAGCAAUUGAACCACUUAUCCCUUUACUUGAUUCUCCGGCUUCAGCAGUGCAACAGUUGGCAGCUGAGCUUCUAUCCCAUCUACUCUUGGAGGAACAUCUUCAGAAGGAUUCAGUGACACAGCAAGUAAUUGGUCCCCUCAUACGAGUUCUUGGUUCUGGUAUACACAUAUUGCAGCAGAGAGCUGUAAAGGCUCUUGUAAGUCUGGCACUUACAUGGCCAAAUGAGAUUGCAAAAGAGGGUGGUGUCGCUGAAAUUUCUAAAGUGAUAUUGCAAGCUGAUCCUUCACUUCCUCAUGCUUUGUGGGAAUCUGCUGCUUCUGUUUUAUCAAGUAUUCUGCAAUUUAGUUCUGAAUUUUAUUUGGAAGUGCCUGUUGCUGUGUUGGUAAGGUUGCUUCGUUCUGGGUCAGAGGGCACAGUAAUUGGUGCAUUGAAUGCCCUUCUGGUGUUGGAAAGUGAUGAUGCAACCACAGCUGAAGCAAUGGCUGAAAGUGGUGCCAUAGAGGCUCUUUUGGAACUUCUAAGAUGCCAUCAGUGUGAAGAAAUUGCUGCUAGACUGUUGGAAGUAUUGUUGAACAAUGUGAAGAUCAGAGAAACAAAAGCUACUAAAUCUGCCAUCUUACCAUUGUCCCAGUACCUCUUGGAUCCACAAACCCAAGCUCAGCAAGCAAGGUUACUGGCAACUUUGGCCCUUGGUGAUCUAUUCCAGAAUGAGAGUCUUGCUCGAAGUACUGAUGCUGUUUCAGCUUGCCGUGCCCUUGUAAAUGUGCUUGAAGAACAACCUACAGAAGAAAUGAAAGUUGUAGCUAUAUGUGCAUUGCAAAACCUUGUGAUGUACAGUCGGUCAAACAGAAGAGCAGUUGCUGAGGCUGGUGGUGUACAGGUUGUACUGGAUCUUAUUGGUUCAAGCGAUCCAGAUACAUCUGUUCAGGCUGCAAUGUUUGUUAAACUUCUCUUCUCAAAUAAUACUAUUCAAGAGUAUGCUUCCAGUGAAACAGUCAGAGCUAUAACUGCUGCUAUUGAAAAAGAUUUAUGGGCCACUGGAACUGUGAAUGAGGAGUAUCUGAAAGCUCUAAAUUCUCUCUUCAGCAACUUCCCUCGUUUGAGAGCCACUGAGCCUGCAACACUUAGCAUUCCCCAUCUGGUUACAUCCCUCAAGACAGGCUCAGAGGCAACUCAAGAAGCUGCCCUGGAUGCACUUUUUCUUCUUAGGCAAGCUUGGUCAGCAUGCCCAGCUGAAGUUUCUAGAGCUCAAUCAAUAGCUGCUGCAGAUGCAAUCCCCUUACUGCAAUACCUUAUCCAGUCUGGCCCACCUCGGUUUCAGGAGAAGGCAGAAUUUCUGUUGCAGUGUUUGCCAGGGACAUUAGUGGUGAUAAUCAAACGUGGCAACAAUAUGAAGCAAUCAGUGGGAAAUCCAAGUGUUUUUUGUAAGCUUACACUUGGCAACACUCCACCUAGGCAAACCAAGGUGGUUUCAACUGGCCCAAAUCCAGAGUGGGAUGAGAGCUUUUCAUGGUCCUUUGAGAGCCCUCCAAAAGGCCAGAAGCUGCAUAUUUCUUGCAAGAACAAGAGCAAAAUGGGGAAGAGUUCAUUUGGAAAAGUAACGAUCCAGAUCGAUCGGGUCGUGAUGCUGGGAGCAGUUGCUGGUGAAUACACUCUGUUGCCAGAAAGCAAAAGUGGGCCAGCACGGAAUUUAGAAAUAGAAUUCCAAUGGUCUAACAAGUAAGACCCAUUACUGAAGUAAUUAGUAAUCUGCUGCAAGUUGAAUUUUUAGGAAAAAUAUGUUCAGAGGGUUUUUUUUUUUGGGUUAUUUAUCAUGUCGUGUAUAUAGUUUCCCUGAGAUUUUGAUUUUCAUCAACAGUCUUAAAGAAUAGUCAUUUGUCAAUGUAUUCUUUUGUAAACCUUAUCUUACAUUUCCUGGGAUGGACAUUACAGGCAGAAGGAUUAAGCUUUCCUCAUACUUUCUGUAUUGAGGUUUUUUUUUUUUUUUUGUUGUUGUUGUUGUCAACUCAGAGGGUAAUAAGAGGUUGGUUCUGGUUUUGGAUCUGUACAUCUUAUUGAUUGUAUUCCUUAAUUUUAUCAUUUGAUUGUAAAAUAAAUAGCGGAGACAUGUUGUAAUGUUGUAUGUCUUGUAAACAUAUCAUAUUUUGAAAUGUCUUGUAAACAUCUUUUUACUUCAUUGA